CAACCACUCAAUCCCUGGGGCCAUCACAAAAAGGCCCAUUUUCAGCUUCAACCACCAGCCCAAGCCAAGAUGGAGCAACUCGAUACGGAACAAGUGACCAAGGCAGUCGUUGCGUUAAAGCAAUUCCUCAAGAAGAAGCAGGCGCAAAAGUCUAAGCAGGCGCUGGUCGACGAGAACAAGACCAUCCAGAUCAUUUUCACCCGCAUCACCGUGCCCCGAAAUGAGUCCCUCAAGGCGAUCCCCAUCAAACUGCCACACAACAUCCGUGGCGAUGGCGAGGCUUGUUUGUUCGUGAAGGAUUCCGACAAGGACCGCAUCAAGGCCCAUUUGAAAGACGACCCCGUCGCCGGCCUCACCAAAGUCAUGACAAUUAAAAAGCUCAAGAAGAACUACUCCCAAUUCAAAGACAAGCGCGAGUUAAAGGCUGCGUACGGCGUGUUCCUCGUGGACGAUCGCGUGCUGCCGUACGUCAAAUCGCUGGUAGGCAAGACAUUUUUCGACGCCAAGAAGCAGCCCACGACCGUCAACGUCACGGGCAAGAAGAACAUCAGCACGCACAUCCGCCGCGUGCUGGGCGGCACCGAGAUGUUCUUGUCUCCUGGACCGUGCUUCAACGUCAAGAUCGCGCACGACGGCAUGGACACCGCCGACAUUGUCGACAACAUCAUCCAAGGCACAAAGAACAUCUUGGCUCAUGUGCCCAAGGGCUGGAAGAACACCAAGUCCAUCAACAUCAAGACGUCCGAUUCCGUCGCAUUGCCCAUCUAUAACGCCCUGCCCAACUCGUCCAAACUGCCCGUGGAAGACAAGAAGCGAAAGGCGGAAGACUCAACCCAUACCCCUUUACCGGCCAAGAAGGCCAAGACGGUCGAGAUCACGGCUGCUGUCACGUCUGUUGACAACACCGUACCGUCGGUUACCAAAAAAGAAGUAGCCAAAGCCACCCCUGCUGCCGUCAAGAAGGCCACAGAAGCCAAGAAGGAAGUGGCCAAGCAGUCGACGAAACCAGAAAACAAAGCUGAAGUGACCAAGGCGAGUCCCGCUGCGAAGAAGGCGACCCCUGUCAAGGCUAGCCCGGCUAAGAAGGCGGCAACUCCCACCAAGAAGGAAACCCCCGUGAAGGCAGAGGCAAAGAAGACCGUCACACCCCCAGCAAAGAAGAGCCCGGCCAAGAAAGGGUCGGCCACCAAGAAGUAGUCUUGAUGAUAGAGAGUAUACCACAUGUCAAUUCAGUAUUUUAACUACA